AUGGGUCAAAAGAAAAGGAGUAACAGAGUUCCAUAUUUCAAUGGCAUGAAGUUCCUCAAUUUCAUUCAUAAUACCCCUUCCAAAAAACGUAGAAGAAACCACAACUUUGAUCACUUUCAAAAGGCAGAGUCUUCAAAUUCAAAAGAUAGGCAGUUUUUUUGUGAAAUCUGCACAGAAACUACAUCAACAAGGGACGCUUUCUACCUCAGCGGUUGCUCUCAUUCUUAUUGCUCCGAUUGUGUUGCUGUGUAUAUCCGUUACAAACUUGACCUUAACAUUAUUGACAUUAACUGUCCUGUCCCCGAGUGCUGCGGUUCUUUACAAGCGGAGUUCUGCCGUUCAAUUCUUCCUCGCGAGGUUUUUGAACGGUGGGACAAGGCCUUGUGCGAGGUUUUGUCCAAUAUUAAGGAGAAAUUCUAUUGUCCCUUUGCAGAUUGUUCCGCUCUAUUGAUCAAUGACGGAACUGAGGCUGUUAGUAAAUUAGAAUGUCCAAAUUGUAAUAGGAUGAUUUGUGCACAAUGUAAGGUUCGAUGGCAUGAUGGAAUCGAAUGCAGCGAGUUCAAUAAACUGAACCGAGAUGAUAAGGCGAAAGAUGUUAUGCUGACUAACAUUGCAAAAGAUAUGAGGUGGAGGCAAUGUCCAAAGUGCAGAGUUUAUGUUGCCAAAUCUAAGAGCUGCAACGUCAUGACAUGCAGGUUUCUUUCUUGA